UACAAGCUCAAAGAAUUCUGGGACAACUACCAUGGGUUCCUGAGUAGCAGCUUCACAGGAAAUGUUUUGCAUUUAAGAUUUUUGACAGGGAUUAACAAACUGCACCUUUCACUUUAAGGCAGAAUGGCUGAAGGUGUUGCCAAAUAGGGCGGAGCUUUUACUUGAAGAUUUAUGGGAAACCUGUGACAGUUUCCUGAAAUCUAAUACUGUGGAGUCAUUUCUAACCUACAAUAAGAAUGAUGCAUUUUAUGUUGCUUUUUAGCCGUCAAGGCAAAUUGAGGCUCCAGAAGUGGUACACUGUGAUGGUUGAUAAGGAGAAGAAAAAGAUUGCGAGGGAACUUGUUCAGAUUGUGCUGAGUCGACAAGCCAAAAUGUGCAGCUUUGUGGAAUGGCGGGAUCUCAAAAUUAUUUAUAAAAGGUUUGCUAGCUUAUAUUUUUGUUGUGCGAUAGACGAACAAGAUAAUGAACUCCUGACACUGGAAAUCAUCCAUCGUUAUGUGGAACUGCUGGAUAAGUAUUUUGGCAAUGUUUGUGAACUAGACAUCAUCUUUAAUUUUGAGAAGGCCUACUUUAUACUGGAUGAAUUUCUAAUUGGAGGAGAGAUGCAGGACACCUCGAAGCUCAGUGUACAUAAAGCAGUGGAGGAAGCUGAUAUGAUGCAAGAGACUAUGGAAGAAUAUUUAGCCAAGCCAACAUUUUAACUUGGAGUUUAGAAGGCCUGAAGGAUGAACCUAAUUUAUGAAAUGUAUACAUAGAUUUAUAGUGUAUUUUCAGUGUCUUAAAAUCUAGAAGAAUAUAUUUUGCUACUGCUUUGUAUUGUGGAAAAUAUACCAUGUCAACUAAAGCGCAGUUAGCACUGUAAAAUGUUCAGGCAUUAUUUAUAAUGUUUUUGUAUUCAUAAAUCCCAAUGUACUUUUUGUUCCAAGAUUUCCAUUGGCAAUGAGCAGGAGAUAUGGUGCUUCACUGCGUGUUUUUGUUUUAAAUAAUAUGCAUUUAAACAAAUCUCCAACUGGGUAACAUGGAAGCACUUCAGUCAUUCAAAAAUAACUAUAAUUAAAAGUAAUUUGAUAGAUUCAGUUUAAAAAAAAAUAUUCCCCUCUGGAAUGUACCAAGUUCGGAUGGAGACCUGGAAUUGUCAGUUAAUCCAAUGGUAUGGUGAAAAUGAUCACUUCCAAAUCAGUUUUUAUCUUGUGAGAUAGUUUUGCAAGCUGAGGGACCUGUUGCUUUAAUGUUUUAGGUAGACUGAAGAUCUUAAGAAUUCGAAAGCAUCUAAUAGUCCACGAAAAGAACUGAUUUUAUAAAUUCCAGGUUAUUUGAGCUGAUGAAACAACAACAAAAUCUGAAUGAAGCACUUGGAUAUUUUGUGACCUAAGGUUGAGUACAGAUUUUAGAUCCCAUUUUAUUAUUUUGAGGAUGGUUCCAUUAUGGCACUCUUGCCUCAAAGUCAAGAUCAUCUGUUCAAACCCAUCUCUGACAUUAAACCUAAACUUCCAUCCUGUACUGUUAGAAAUCUGCAUGGUCCAUCUGUUGUGAACCCAAAAAAUCAUAACUGUGCAUGAAGAACAAUGUUAUUUCCUCCAAAGCCAUUGAUACAACAAUCAUUUAUUAUUUUUCCCUUUACAAAUUUGUGGGUUAAAUAUAAUCAAAUUUCUUUAAGAUGCUAACCCCAUCUCUGGCUCAUGUAAACCAUUACAUCCAAUGGAAAUACCGAAUAAGGUUAUAAUUUUCACACAAUCUUCUGUACGAACUCGACUCGUGUGAUAAAUGUCACCGUUGUACCUUGAGUUAAUUGAUAAUUUUGCAGAUUAUUUUGUCACAAGUUGUCUUAUUUGUGCCCAAAGGGUUUUCUGCAAGAUUUGAUUUAUUGAACUCUAUUUUAUUGUGCUGUUGUGCAGCUCUGAUUCACUGUUGAUGUAUGUAAUGUAAAGUAUUUACACUUUGAAGAUUAUAACUGACAAAAUCCCCAAAUCUCCAUCUGUGAUGUUUCCUUUUCAGCAAAUUGUCACUUCACGAAGCGAAAAACAUAUGUACCCUUCAACAAAUCUCACAGGUGUUUAAAUGUAAUUUCUCAAAUGUUUCUCAAAUUGGAAAAGCUGAGAUGCUUCCAUCGUGAACUAGAAAAUGUAUUCAAGGCCAUUUUUUUCAUUUGACGAAUUUAGCAAACCAAUUGUGUCUUAAGGAGUUGUAUAUGAGAAAUUAAUUGCAGAAAUGGAAAUAAAAUUAGAAUCAAA